AGAAACUCAAGAAGUAAUUUUAAAAUGUCUGGCCGCGGUAAAGGAGGCAAGGGUCUGGGAAAAGGGGGCGCUAAGCGCCACCGCAAGGUCCUGCGCGACAACAUCCAGGGCAUCACCAAGCCCGCCAUCCGGCGCCUGGCCCGCCGCGGCGGCGUCAAGCGCAUCUCCGGCCUCAUCUACGAGGAGACCCGCGGGGUCCUCAAGGUGUUCCUGGAGAACGUGAUCCGCGACGCCGUCACCUACACGGAGCACGCCAAGCGCAAGACUGUCACCGCCAUGGACGUGGUCUACGCGCUCAAGCGCCAGGGACGCACCCUCUACGGCUUCGGCGGCUAAAUAGCACUUUGAGGCCCUGUCAUUUACUAAAAAGGCCCUUUUUAGGGCCCC